AUGUCAUUAUUUCAAACAAAAGAAUGGUGGAAUACUAGAAUAUCAGGCAAUGAAGAGUUUGAUGAUAAGCAUUUACUAGUUGCAAAUAUUGAUAAUAAUCCAUAGCAUUAAGAUAGGGUUGUAGUUGGUUCCUUUUAAGGAUUUUUAAGAAUAUAUGCACCUAAAAAAAGAGAUUUCUAAAUAGAUGAUAUGAUUUUUGAACAAAAUUUUAAUGAACCUAUUAUCCAAGUAGGAUGUGGUUAUUAUUCUCCUAAUGCAGGCUUGUUGCUUUUGUCAGUAUUAUUUUUUAAAAAACUUUGCAUAUUUGAGUGUGAAACAACUGCAGAUUAAAGAAUUAAUUUAAAAAAGACAUAUGUCUGCAACCUUCCUAGAAACGCAUAUAACAUGUGUUAAGGAAAUUUUGGAGGAUCUUAAAAAGAUCAAAUAUGUGUAUAGAGUUGUGAUGGUUUGCUUAUGAUUAUAGAAUCAGAUUAGGUAACAGCUGGCGUUCAGCUGUAAGAAUUUCUACUACCUUCUCCUAUCUCUUACAAUUCUGCAACAGAUUAAAUAGUCUUAUAAAAUUCAUCAUAUGAAAUUGAAGCUUACAAAAUCUCUAACAUUGGUGCUGCGAGCAAUUCAAAUGGAACAAAAAAAUUGCUUCCAGAUUGGACUCUUAAUAUUGGCGAGUAGUGCCUCAAGCUGGAGUGUGUUUGUCGUGAUCAUAAAGUAUUUGAUUUUAUAGCUUUGACUGAGGAAGCCUUAUUUGUGAUUACAUAAACAGGAUAAAUAAGAACAUAAAAAAGAUUCGAUUAUCCUGCUGCUAAUUUUUAUAUUAAUGAAAUUCCAGAAAAACAUGCUAAGGCUGUCUUAGAUCCAUUAAGCUAGCAGCCUCUGCGUGUUAUUAGUUUAAUAAUCACUUCGUUUACUCACCACCUUAUGAUUUAUGAGGAUUUCCAGCUUCUCUGGGCAACAAAAACAGAUCAUGUUUGUCAUGGUGUUGGAGUAGGAACAUUUGAUGGCUAGAGAGGUUUACUAGUUGGUUUAAAUGAUGAAGGCUGGUUGAAUGUAUCUUAUUUGGGUACAGAACCACCACUCAAUUAGAUGGAUAGCUUUGCUCCUCUUCCUGGAUAAAACUUAACAAUAAAUUAAAUCAGUGAUAUGUAUGAAGUAGCAUUUUAGAAAAUCAAUUAAUUAGAAAGUAAAUAGCCUGUUAAGAAGGCUGAUGCAAACGAAACUAUGAAUAUAAAUAUUUAAGUUUCAGCUCCUAUUCCUGCUUAUGACUAUGUAUAAGAUGAUGAAAAAUAUUAUAAGUUUGAAAAUGGAUCAGUUAAAUGCGUAAAAGUAAAUGUGAAUCUUUAAUAUACUGGAAUUAAAGCUUCUGAUGUGAUUAUAUCUCUUAUCUUACCUCCAAAUUUAGAAGUACCAGCAAAUAAAAUGCCUCAUUCAGUACAAGAAAUAGUUAAUUCAUAUUAGUACGAGUUUCCAAUAUACGUACUCAAGUCUUUCAACCCGUCAGCCAGCUAAGUAGAAAUUCUUGUUUCAUACCACAACAGUGCUCCAGGAAAGUAAGCUAAUAGAGACCCAAGAAAUUCAGUAGGUAGAAUUGAAUUACCUUGCGGUUUAUAAUGCCAUUUAGCAGUACCUAUAAAAAAUGCAAAUUACAAAUUAAAUUUCAAUACAAGUUUACCAUGCGAAAAUAUUUCAGAAGUCUUUAAGGAUGUAGUUGAUAAAUGCACAAAUAAAGAAGAAUGUCUUUAAGCACCUAAUACUUAUACCUUUGAAUAUUCAAAUGGAAAUUAUGGAACUAUUUUAUGCUCUAAGCAAGGAGAUAAAUAUAGAAUUUAAAGCUCUACUUUUGAGGGAAUAUAUUUCAUCAUGCUUUAUUUUUUCUAAAAGAUAAAAAAAUAUUAAGAGUCAAAGAAAAAUGUAGCUGACAUAACAUUCACCGAAGUUGUAACAUUUUAAGAUUUCUUUACAGUAGUAGAUGCUCAUUAUCUACUUCGCCAUAAAUUAUUGGAUAGCAAAGACCUUUUAGAAAAAAAAGCUACUGAAUUCCGUACUAUUUAAAAAAGAUUAUUAACUAGAUUUAAAGAAAAGAAUCCUGCUCCUAUAAAUAACUUAGAUAUAUUGAUGCAAAAGAGUUUUGAUGAUUUAAUACAAUUGGGAAAUAAAUAUGAGAAGAUUUAAGAAUAGCUAAAUCAAGUUUCAAAUAAUUUAUCAAUUACUGUCAAGCUUAUUUUGUGGCUUUUUAAAAUUAGAUUUAAUCUCUCAUCUGAAACUAUGUACCAGCUAGAAAAUGCAAUUAGUAGUGAUAUUACAGGAGACGAAGAGGAAAUAGGAUGGGAAGAAAUAACAAAUGCUAAUGUAAUUUACUUACUUAAGGUAGUAAUGAAGAAAGAAAUGAAAGAAACUCACUUAAAUAUUUAAAAAAUUGAUGAUUUUGCAAAAUUCAAAAAGAAUCUCACAUUUGUUUUUGACAAAAUCUCAAAAGGCUAACUAGAAAAAUAAUGA